UUAUUAACAUAUUAUAUUGAAAAAAUACCGAUCAAUCUACAUUAAAUUCAUAGUACAAAAAUAUAAUAAAAUAAAAGACAGCCAAAUAUGGAAUUUGAGAAACAUGUUGGAUUCUCCAAACACGCCGUGGUACCAAAAAUUGAACUAGCUUAUCAGGCGAUGCAAAAGAAGAAUAAGAAGUCUCACAGUAAGAAAAGCUUAAAAAAUUCCACAAAGCGUCAACCACAAAAAUGUCCAAGUAGUCAGAACAUUUGGCGCAAGACGAUCGUGCUAACCAAAGUUAAGCAUAAAGCUAAUUUACCUAGGAUAUUUACUCCAGACCGCAUAACUGGAUUGCCACUUGAUUACGAGCGUACGGUAUCAAAAAUUAUGCAUUAUGUUAAUCCGCAGGCUUCAAAUAGUCCUAGCCCGGAUCUGUUGAUAGAGGAAUUCCUAACUCAAACACUAGCCGGUUAUUUGAAGAACUACACAUGCUGCGACCAAUCUUCGUUGAAAAAACAUAUGCGCAUGAUUUUACAAAUUCAGGGACCAAAUGUAGCACAAAGUUACCAUCGCAAUGAUGAAGAGCUGUUCGAGUUUCAUUGCGCCUGCAAGCGCAAGCCCAUCCCACCUGUCAAUAUAGUGCCAAUAUAUGGAAGUAAAUUCAAUUACAACAAUCUGAAGAUAAAAAGCAAAUAGAAAGCCUUCUUACACAUGACUUAAACUCGGCUCAAAUGAAGCACAUUCAAAUUUAAAUUCGCAAAAAUUGGAGCUCAAAUUAAAUUCAACUGGUCUAAAGACCUCGAAAUCGACGCAAGUUGGCAACCAUAUUGUCAGACAACUUAAAGAACCUGUGAAACUUGGCAAGGGCGUUGGUCAGCUUUGGCACUGCAAACAGCGACAGCAGCAUCAACAAUAAGCUCAAUUCACUGAAAAUUUGCAGUUCGCAAAUGGCCACAAACAUAAACUACAGCGAGAGAAGAAAGAGUCAACUUACUAAAUCGGACCGUAAACAGCAAAACUAGGAGCAUCAGAAUAACGAUUGGCAUUGCUAAAUAGGCCAAGAUGUCGUUGUUGCUGUCGAUGAGCAUAUUACUCAACAGGCAAGUAAAGUACUGCGCACCCUAAUUUGUAGACUUGCAAAAAUGAAGUAUGGUAACCAGCCUCUUAGAUGAAUAAUACAAGCGAUAUUUAGAACAUUUACAGCUUAACAAUGCCUGGCACUUUGGCAUAUCGAUUUUUCCUUUAGAUUCUGCUGUGCUCGCAUUUUCCACAAAGACGCAAUCUAUUCGUAUUUUACUGGGUUAUAUGUGUUGACUGGUUUUUGGCGGUGUCGAUAUAUGUAAAUAGUGAAUGGCUGAUUCACUGUGUGGCAGCUCCAACUACGACUACAAAUACAACUUUAGCUAUUCACUCACACGUCUGCUCAAUUAAAACUGGAAAGUUAUUCGACCAUAAAUGCUGCUGACUUGCCCACCGAUGCUGUUGCCUCUUCAUUAAUGGUGGUAAAAGAAUGAGAGAUGAAAUGAAAUGAAAGACGAGCUACUUUUUCUAGUGGCAGCUACCUGGAUUUUUUUCUAUUAUUAUUUUUCAUUCAUUUAUCGGUAUUAGAAAAAACACUUUUAUAUACAUAAACAAAAAGCAAUUAAGACUAAAGCGGUUAACGAAAUUUUCUAUUAUUUAAUGUAACGCAAUAUCGCAAAGUGAAAAAUCAACCAAGAAACACACAAGAACUUCUAAAUACAGAAAACACAU